CCUCGACCGGAGAGGAUACGCGUCUUCUUACUGAUUUUUUUUUAAGUCGUUGCCUAUCUUCACUCUCUCUCUCUCUCUCUCAUACACACACUCAGUUACUCACUUACUCUCUCUCUCUCUCUCUCUUUCUCUCUCUGUCAGUCAGUCAUAAUUCCCUCUCUUUAUCGUACGCGUGUUUCGUCGUAAAUUCAAACGCGCGUAAAGGGUUCGUCGUCGUAGGUCGUGCGUCUCGUACGUCGUGUUUGCGUGCUUGCGUGCUUUUUGCGCCUGUUCGACCGUCCUCGAGAAACGUGAGAAGCUCCGUUGCUUCUAAUUUCUCUUUCUCUAUUUCUCGGAGAGAGAUGAAAAAUAAUAGUUGCGUUCGAAAAUAAUGUUGUGUGAUAUAAGGAGAGGAAAAAUCGUAUUACUUUCUGGUGAAGAGAUUUUUAUUCCCCUUUCGUCGAACGAGAUGUUUCGUUUAACGUGGAUACGAUGGCCAUUGCUAUCAACGUUACUAUUGGGCUCCCAUAUAUUAUUGGUAGUUGCCCAAUGCGGAUCUUCGAUACAGGACAGACAAGAGAGUCAGGAUAGGCAAGACAAGUUAGCAUUGUACAAGAUCACUAUGAGAACAUAUUGGUCGAGGGCACGUUUUCCACGACAUUAUCCUGAAUGGAAACCUCCGGCACAAUUCGGCAAACUUAUCGCAUUCAUUUUAAUGAAACAUAUGAUCGCAUUAACGUCAUCAUUUUCAACCCUUUUACCUGGUUCCCCCUCCCAUACCCCCUUCUUCCGUUGUCAUCCCUACCAUGGUCGCGCAGUAUCCUAUCAUUAUAAUAAUGAGGAAUAUUACGGAAACAAUUUACGUUUUCACGGUGAAGAAAUAGGAAGAAAUAUCGAUGUAGGGAAUUUAGAACGCUUGUGCUUGCCUCAGUACAGGGAACGCUUAGAUAAGCCAUAA